ACCACAACCAGCAGCCCUGUUAGUGUGUCUGGUUCCGGCAGACCAAAGACGUCCUCCGUCCUCCGUCCUCCGCUGCGGUGUGCGUGCCCGGCCCUGCGCGCCCCUCCGUGGGAUAGAACAUCGAACUGGAGCCGCCUGUGAGAUCCAGGAUUGGUUCGCGGAUCAAUCACUUGUUCGCCGAGCUCUAGUGCACGUCAAGCCGGGUGUGUGCAGCCCGAGUCCCCGUGUGACAGCUCGAUGUGGAAAAAGCUUUCCUAAAUGGGAUUUUUUUAUUUAUAUUAUUAUUUUUUGGACAGCUGGAUGAGGGGCACGACAAAGGAGGUUUUGUGGGUGAUGGUCUCUGGGAUGCAGGCUCACGCCCAGGACAUGUCGAUGGAUGUUGCGGUGCAGUGAAUAUUAAUAUUAUUAUUAUUAUUAUUAUUAUUAUGAUGCAGCCCUAACUUACUUAUUCAAGUGGAAUAUUAUCGAUGUUUAAAAUUAUUAAUAUUAUGCCUCUGGGGUUGGGGGGGAAAAAUGCAUUUCUCCUCUGCAUGUGUAAAUAUCCCUUCUUCUUCCUCCAUUGAUGGAGAACAGCAAAAACCCCCCCUCCCCAGUCCGGUGGCUUGAAUGAACCGCGUUGAAAAUGAGCCGACCUUUGAACGACGAAGACUACGGAGUGGGGUCGUUUGAGCGGACUGUGGGCAUGUAGGGUAGGAACACCCAUCCGCCAUCCGUCCGUCUAGCGCAGGUUGUUUCCCACUUCAGAGAGAGCCUAAAUGCCAAGAGAUGGCUGACGGAGGAGGAGGAGUGAUCAUGGAGACCCCUGCUCUGAGGAUUUUUUAUCGGUCGUUCAACCGUAUUCCCCCCCACCCCCGGCAGAUCCCAAUCUAAAGUCCGCCCUGUGAGUUUGUGAGGCUUCAUGGGAAAAUCAUCCAGGCAACAGUUCUGCAAGGACAGCAGGAUCCCUUAUGGUCUUCUUGGGAAACCUACCACUUAGUUACUGGCUAGUCUUUGAUGACCUGCUCUUUUGAUAAAAGCUUUCCAUUUCCUACCGCUUAUUCCCCUUGGGGUCGCUGGUGCCUAUCUCAGCUACAAUCGGGCGGAAGUCGCCACCUCAUCGCAGACAACAUUCACACACUAGGGACCAGUUAGUGUUGCCAAUCAACCCAUCCCCAGGUGCAUGUCUUUGGAGGUGGGAGGGGCCUAUCCCCAGGUGCAUGUCUUUGGAGGUGGGAGGGGCCUAUCCCCAGGUGCAUGUCUUUGGAGGUGGGAGGGGCCUAUCCCCAGGUGCAUGUCUUUGGAGGUGGGAGGAAGCCGGAGUAGAACCCACGCAUUCACGGGGAGAACAUGCAAACUCCACACAGAAAGAUCCCAAGCCUGGGAUUGAACCUAGGACUACUCAGGACCUUCGUAUUGUGAGGCAGACGCACUAACCCCUCUUCCACCGUGAAGCCCGCUUUCCAAGACAUUGCCCUUUACAUUUUGGGGAUACAAACCCAGACGGUAUUAACAAAAAGAUGUGGUGAUGGGGGCGGUGCGACCCCAGCUCUGGACACCUUGCCUCAACCCGUGUGUACAUGAAGGCUGAGUUGACAGAGGGCUGGCUUCCAGGGUCCGACAUGAACCCGUACGGCAGAGAAAGCAACCCGGCGGGCCCCCUGUCCUGCAGCAGCUGCGGGGGCCGCUGCUCCCCGCCACCCCCUUGCCUCAUUCCUUCCACUGCGUCCUCCACGUCGCCGCCCCCCAUCAUGCAGGUGGAGAAUGGCAGCAGCUGGAACUCAUCGGGCUCCCCGGACACCCAAGCCGGUCACUUGUGCGCGGGGCCCAACCCCUACUGGACCGCCGUGUUUGAUUACGAGGCCACGGCGGACGAGGAGCUAACCCUGCACCGCGGGGACCUUCUGGAGGUUCUAUCGAAAGACUCUAAAGUCUCCGGGGAUGAGGGAUGGUGGACAGGCAAGAUCCAGGACAAGGUGGGUAUCUUUCCCAGCAACUACGUGACAAAAGGGGACGCUCCCAAUUACCAACAGCUUACCGUGGACGGACUGGUGGGCAGUGGGGUGGGCGUGGGUGAGUGCCCGCUGGAGAUAGACUUCUCCGAACUGCGGCUGGAGGAGGUCAUAGGAGCCGGCGGAUUUGGGAAGGUGUACAAAGGACUCUGGCAGGACGAGGAAGUGGCGGUCAAGGCUGCGAGGCAAGACCCCGACGAGGACAUCAGCGUGACGGCAGAGAGCGUACGCCAGGAGGCCAGGCUCUUCUGGAUUCUCCAGCACCCCAACAUCAUCGCGCUGCGUGGGGUCUGCUUGCGGGAACCCAACCUGUGCUUGGUAAUGGAGUACGCCAGGGGGGGGGCCCUGAAUCGCGCCUUGGCUGGAAAGAAGGUGUCCCCGAGGGUCCUGGUGAACUGGGCCGUCCAGAUCGCCACAGGGAUGGACUACCUGCACAACCAGGCCUUUGUUCCCAUCAUCCACAGAGAUCUCAAGUCCAGCAAUAUCCUCAUUCUGGAACCAAUGGAGCGGGACGAGCUGAGCAGGAAGACCCUAAAGAUCACAGAUUUCGGCCUGGCGCGAGAGUGGCACCAGACCACCAAGAUGAGUGCGGCGGGCACGUAUGCUUGGAUGGCGCCGGAGGUCAUCAAGCUGUCGCUUUUCUCCAAGAGCAGCGACGUGUGGAGCUUUGGCGUGCUCCUGUGGGAGCUGCUCACCGGCGAGGUUCCUUACCGAGAAAUCGACUCGCUGGCGGUGGCGUACGGCGUGGCCAUGAAUAAGCUGACACUUCCCAUCCCUUCAACGUGCCCUGAACCUUUCGCUCAGCUUCUUGCAGAGUGCUGGAGUCCUCACCCCCGCAGCAGGCCGUCCUUCACCAGCAUCCACAGGCGACUGUUGGCCAUCGAGCAGUCGGCCAUGUUCCAGAUGCCCCUGGAGUCCUUCCACUCCUUGCAGGAGGACUGGAGACUGGAGAUCCAGCAGAUGUUUGAUGAGCUCCGGGCCAAAGAGAAGGAGCUGAGGUCUUGGGAGGAGACCCUGGCCCGAGCGGCCGAGGAGCAGAGGGAGCAGGAGGAGCAGCUGAGGAGGAGAGAACAGGAGCUGGCCGAGCGAGAGAUCGACAUCGUGGAGCGGGAGCUGAACAUCAUCAUCCACCAGAUGUACCAGGAGAAGCCCAGCGUGAAGAAGAGGAAGGGUCACUUCAAGAAGAACAGGCUGCUCAAGCUGUCCAGAGAUGGCAUCAGUCUGCCCUCUGGUUUUGAGCAUAAGAUCACAGUGCAGGCGUCCCCCAGUGUGGACAAGAGGAAGAUGCAAGGGAGCGAGAGCACCACGCCGCCCGCCAGCCCGGGGGUCAUACCUCGUCUGAGAGCAAUACGACUGACGCCCAGCGACGGCAGCAAGACCUGGGGCCGCAGUGCCGUGUGCAAGAAGGAGGACAUGGCCGCCGGCAAGAAGAAAGGACGCACGUGGGGUCCUAGCUCCACCCACCAGAGGGAGAGGGUGGGCGGCGAGGAAAAACUGAAGUCACUCAGCGAGGGCAGCAAGGUGUGGUCGUCCAGCGCCCCAAACCUCGGCAAGUCUCCCAAGCACGCUCCCAUGACAGUGGGCUUCUCCAGCCUCAGCGAAAUGGAGGAGAGCUGCGAGUUCCAGGAGUCCCCGGGUUCCCUGCAGCCCUCCGAGACCAGCAGCAACGGGGCCGCCGAGGACUCGGGGUCCCUGUGGAGCGCCUCGGGGUCCGGAGCGGCUUCGGCCACGGUGGGGUCGUCGAGUGCCAGCUCCACCCAAGGUUCCACGGGUGUCAACCAGCAGGAGUCUCUGAGGCGCUGCAGCCAGAGGAAGAAGAGCGACUUGCUGCUGCUGGGCUGCGCCUCGCUGCUGGCCUCAGUGGGUCUGGGCCAAGACCUGCUGCAGCUGGGGAAACUGCAGGUGCUCCAAGACGAGCAGGACCUCAGAGAGGAGCAGAGGAAGAAGAAAGAAAGUCUCUUCCAGCGAACGGGACGUUUCUGUCGCAGCACGUCUCCCCCCAGCCGGAACCUCUCCUUGUCCUUCUCGCGACACCCCGACUCCGGCCUGGCCCGCUUGGACCCUUCGCCCUCAGUGACGCUCCUGUCCUUGUCCUCGCUCUCCGACUGCAACUCCACCAAGUCCCUCCUCCCCUCCGACCCGGACGACUUGGCCCUGACCCCGGCCCCGGCGGCCCCCUGCCUCAACCCGCUGUUGGACUUACGGACAGAGAGUUUCAAGAAGGAGCCCAACCAGUCGCUCACGCCCACGCACGUCUCCGUCGCCAUGGCGGUGAAAAGGGGCCACCGCCGCACGCCGUCCGACGGUGCCUUACGGCCCAGGGCGCAGACUCUGGGCCACCGCAGGACCCCGUCUGACGGCAGCAUGCCCAUGCCCCCCCCGCCCGGGCCAGCCGGCGUCAGGACUAACAAAGGUGUGCUGGACACCCCGGACGUCCCUCGUCUCCCGGACCCGUCUGCCCUCUUCCCGGUCCCGCAGCAGCGCCGAAAGGCCCCCGCGCCGCCCGUCCCGGCCCCUCUGUGCCUCAUCAGCCCCCUGGAGAGACCCAAGACCCUGGCCUUCGUGGCCCGACCCCGGCCCACUCCGGCCCGCAUGAGAGCCGACCCGUGGAAGCUGGGCUCCCUCUCCAGGACCUUGAGCUCGUCGCCGGGGAGCAGCUGCGACAGCCCGCCGGGGUCGGCGGACAGCGGCGCCGACGCCACGCGACCCAGUCUGAUGGACAUGGACGUGGAGGGACAGAACCUGGACCACACGGUUCCUCUGUGUGGGAAGCGGCCGCCCGCCGCCCUCUGUGGACAACACUACACGUGAUGAGGAGACCACUUGGCCACUUUGUCAUGUUUCCACACGGACUGGAACCCACCUGGUGCGUCCUUCAAGGGGUGGAGCCUUAAAAGGCGGCAUCAUGGUGAGGGCAGCACUCACAGCCUCGCAGUUUGCUCGCUGGCCGACUUCUUUCUCGCCUCGUCUCUCCUGCAAACGUCAUUCCAGAAUGCUCUUUGACUUCCUUCUGCCAUCUUUCCUUCUUUCCACUAAUUCACCGCAGGGCUCUUUCGUCUCCACUUUCGUCUUCAAAACUCCUCCUGGCAACCACAAUGAAAUGACUCCAAAAUGUAUUUUUUUCUAUUGUUUGAACAAAGCCUCUGCUAACUUAUUCAGCCUUUUACUCUCAAACAUUCAAAUUCUUCCGUCUUUUUUUUUUUUUUACAAAUAACUCACACUUAAUUACAACUAUUAUGAAAAUACUCCUAAUAUUAUGAGAAAAAUGUGGUGAAUUUUCUUCAAAUACUUUUGUACAAACCCCAAAACUGGUGAAGUAAAUGGUAAAUAAAAACAAAAUACUAAUCAUUUCCAACUUAUAUUCAAUUGAAUAGACUGCAAGGACAAAAUAUUUAACGUUCGAACUGGUAAAUUUUGUUAUUUUUGGCAAAUAUUGGGUGGCGACUUGUCCAGGGUGUACCCCGCCUUCCGCCCGAUUGUAGCUGAGAUAGGCGCCAGCACCCCCCGCGGCCCCGAAAGGGAAUAAGCGGUAGAAAAUGGAUGGAAAAUAUUAGCUCCUUUGGAGUUUCCCAAAAAAGUUGGCACAAGUGGCAAAAAUGACUGAGAAAGUUGAGGACUGCUCAUUAAACACUUAUUUGGAACAUCCCACAGGUGAACGGGCUAAUUGGGAACAGGUGGGUGCCAUGAUUGGGUAUAAAAGCAGCUUCCGUGAAAUGUUCACUCAUUCACAAAGAAGGACAGGUCACCACUUUGUCGACAAAUGCCUGAGCAAAUUGUUUAAGAACAACAUUUUUCAACAACAAAUUUAGGGAUUUCACCAUCUACAGUCCGUAAUAUCAUCAAAAGGUUCAGAGAAUCUGGAGAAAUCACUGCACGUAAGCCAUGAUAUUACGGACCUUCCAUCCCUCAGGCGGUACUGCGUCGAAAAAGCGGCAUCGGUGCGUAAAGGAUAUCACCGCAUGAGCUCAGGAACGCUUCAGAAAACCACUGUCAGUAACUACAGCUGGUCGCUACAUCUGUAAGUGCAAUAUCAUCAAAAGGUUCAGAGAAUCUGGAGAAAUCACUGCACGUAAGCCAUGAUAUUACGGACCUUCCGCCCCUCAGGCGGUACUGCGUCGAAAAAGCGGCAUCGGUGUGUAAAGGAUAUCACCGCAUGAGCUCAGGAACGCUUCGGAAAACCACUGUCAGUAACUACAGCUGGUUGCUACAUCUGUAAGUGCAAGUUAAAACUCUACUAUGCAAAGCCAAAGCCAUUUAUCAACAACACCCGGAAAUGCAGCCGGCUUCGCUGGGCCCCAGCUCAUCUAAGAUGGACUGAUGCAAAGUGGAAAAAGUGUUCCCUGGUUUGACGAGUCCACAUUUCAAAUUGUUUUUGGAAACUGUGGACAUUUGUGUCCUCCGGAACAAAGAGGAAAAAAACCAUCCGGAUUGUUAUAGGCGCAAAGUUCAAAAGCCAGCAUGUGUGAUGGUAUGGGGGUGCAUUAGCGCCCAAGGCAUGGGUAACUUACACAUCUGUGAAGGCACCAUUAAUGCUGAAAGGUACAUACAGGUUUUGGAGCCAUCCAAGCAACAUUAUCACGGACGCCCCUGCUUAUUUCAGCAAGACAAUGCCAAGCCACGUGUUAAAACAGCGUGGCUUCAUAGUAAAAGAGUGCGGGUACUAGACUGGCCUGCCUGUAGUCCACACCUGUGUCCCAUUGAAAAUGUGUGGUGCAUUAUUAAGUGUAAAAUAACACAACUUAAGCUGUACAUCAAGCAAGAAUGGGAAAGAAUUCCACCUGAAAAGCUUAAAAAAUGUGUCUCCUCAGUUCCCAAACCUUUACUAAGUGUUGUUAAAAGGAAAGGUGAUGUAACACAGUGGUAAAAAUGCUUUUGUUGCAAUGUGUCGCUGCCAUUAAAGUCCUACUGAAAUGAGAUGUUCUUAUUUAAACGGGGAUAGCAGGUCCAUUCUAUGUGUCAUACUUCAUCAUUUCGCCAUAUUGCCAUAUUUUUGCUGAAAGGAUUUAGUAGAGAACAUCCACGAUAAAGUUCACCACUUUUGGUCGCUAAUAAAAAAGCCUUGCCUGUACCGGAAGUAGCAGACGAUGUGCGCGUGACAUCACGGGUUGUGGAGCUCCUCACAUCUGAACAUUGUUUACAAUCAUGGCCACCAGCAGCGAGAGCGAUUCGGACCGAGAAAGCGAGGAUUUCCCCAUUAAUUUGAGCGACGAUGAAAGAUUUGUGGAUGAGGAAAGUGAGAGUGAAGGACUAGGAAGAAAAAAAAAGACGGCAGUGAGAGUGAUUCAGAUGUUAUUACACACAUUUACUAGGAUCCAUCCAUCCAUUUUCUACCGCUUAUUCCCUUUAGGGGUCGCGGGGGGCGCUGGCGCCUAUCUCAGCUACAAUCGGGCGGAAGGCGGGGUACACCCUGGACAAGUCGCCACCUCAUCGCAGGGCCAACACAGAUAGACGGAUAACAUUCACACUCACAUUCACACACUAGGGCCAAUCAACCUAUCCCCAGGUGCAUGUCUUUGGAAGUGGGAGGGGCCUAUCCCCAGGUGCAUAUCUUUGGAGGUGGGCGGGGCCUAUCCCCAGGUGCAUGUCUUUGGAGGUGGGAGGAAGCCGGAGUACCCGGAGGGAACCCACGCAUUCACGGGGAGAACAUGCAAACUCCACACAGAAAGAUCCCGAGCCUGGAUUUGAACCCAGGACUGCAGGAACUUCGUAUUGUGAGGCAGACGCACUAACCCCUCUGCCACCGUGAAGCCUAGGAUAAUUCUGGAAAAUCCCUUAUCUGCUUAUUGUGUUACUAGUGUUUUAGUGAGAUUAUAUUGUCGUACCUGAAAGUCGGAGGGGGUUUGGCGACCGCCAGUGUCUCUGAGGGAAGCCAUGUUUCUCGACGAGGCGAAGCGAAGGCAGCCGGUCGGGCCGGUCUGAGCUUUUUUUCCCUCCACGGUGGAAGCAGCCCACGUUUGGGGGCGGCCGGUCGGAGGAGGCCAGAGAGUCCGCAGCUGCCUCUUUGACAGCUGCAGGAGGAACGACGCAAGCUCUCCGCUCAUGUCUACGGUAAGAGCCGACUUAUUACCACCAUUUUCCCACCAAAAACUGCCGGUUGACAUGUGGUAGAGAACCAUGUUCACUUGACCGCUCUGUUCCAUAGUAAAGCUUCACUCUCAUCUUUCGGGAAUGUAGUGAAGUGAAUUAUAUUUAUAUAGCGCUUUUCUCAAGUGACUCAAAGCGCUUUACAUAGUGACACCCAAUAUCUAAGUUACAUUUAAACCAGUGUGGGUGGCACUGGGAGCAGGUGGGUAAAGUGUCUUGCCCAAGGACACAACGGCAGUAACUAGGAUGGCACAAGCGGGAAUCGAACCUGCAACCCUCAAGUUGCUGGCACGGCCACUCUACCAACCGAGCUAUGCCGCCCCAAUAAACAAUUAAACACCGGCUGUGUUUCUGUUGCUAAAGGCAGCCGCAAUACACCGCUUCCCACCUACAGCUUUCUUCUUUGACGUCUCCAUUAUUAAUUGAACAAAUUGCAAAAGAUUCAGCAACACAGAUGUCCAGAAUACUGUGUAAUUAUGCGAACAAAAUGUCCGCUACAAUUCCAUGCCUCAUCAUAAGCGUCACCAUACUGCGAUGUUUUCAACAGGAUACUUCGCGUGAAAUUUAAAAUUGCAAUUUAGUAAACUAAAGCGGCCGUAUUGGCAUGUGUUGCAAUGUUAAUAUUUCAUCAUUGAUAUAUAAACUAUCAGACUGCGUGGUCGCUGGUAGUGGCUUUCAGUAGGCCUUUAAAGGGGAGAAGGUGUCUGAAGGGAGAGUCCCGAGAUUGAGAUGAUUAACAAAUUGGUCUUUUUCUAGAACAGGCCUAGAACAGGCCUGGGCAAUUAUUUUGACUCGAUGUACCGGAAGUAGCAGACGAUGUGCGUGUGACUUCCCGAGUUGUGGAGCUCCUCACAUCUGAACAUUGUCUACAAUCAUGGCCACCAGGAGCGAGAGCGAUUCAGACCAAAAAAAUGACGAUUUCCCCAUUAAUUUGAGCGAGGAUGAAAGAUUUGUGGAUGACGAAAGUGAGAGUGAAGGACUAGAAAGA